AUGGCUGCACCUCGUCAGUUGCCCCGGUUUUGGGAAUGGGGCAAGAACAUUGUCUGUGUGGGGAGGAAUUAUGCAGAUCACGUCAAGGAGAUGAAGAGCACAGUCCUUACCGAGCCAGUGAUCUUUCUGAAACCCUCCAGUGCUUAUGCUCCGGAGGGCACCCCGAUCCUCAUUCCCUCUUACAGCCGCAACGUGCACCAUGAACUGGAGCUGGCGGUAGUGAUGGGGAAACCGACCUGCGCCGUGUCUGAGUUGGAGGCAAUGGACUUCGUAGCUGGCUAUGCCCUGUGCCUGGAUAUGACUGCUAGGGACGUGCAGGACGACUGCAAGAAGAAGGGAUUGCCCUGGACCCUGGCCAAGAGCUUUACUUCCUCGUGCCCAGUCAGCAAGUUCGUGCCCAAGGAGAAGAUCCCGGACCCCCAUAAGCUUAAGAUCUGGCUCAAGGUCAAUGGCCAGCUGAGGCAGGAGGGAGAGACAUCUAACAUGAUCUUCUCCAUCCCCUACAUAAUCAGCUAUGUCUCCAAGAUAAUAGCAUUGGAAGAAGGGGACAUUAUAUUGACUGGGACUCCAAAAGGAGUUGGGCCUGUUCAUGAAAAUGAUGAGAUACAAGCUGCAAUAGAUGGGAUUGUCAGUAUGAGCUUUAAGGUGGAAAAAUCAAAACAGUGAGGUUAUAUGGCAGUUGCUCUAUUUCCCAAACUGCCAAAUUGAUUCACAUCUUAAUAGAGGCAAUGAGUGAGGGAUAGAUAGGAGGAGACUGGAGAAAUAGAAUAAUUUUGUUGUUGUGGAUGUCCGCUAAAUCUAAACAUUAGUUUUUCGGAGGGUAGAUUUGAAUGGAAUUUAUAGUAAUUUAUUUUGCUACUUUUGAAUGCAAAGUAUGUGAUAAUUUUGGUCAAUAAGGGAGGAUGCUACAUAUGCAUAGAGAUGUUUAAUGCUUCUUUCUAUCAUCAUGAUGCUAUAUUUAUGCUUUUAAAAAUUAUCUUAAUUCACCAAGUCUCUCUUACUCUUGUUAAAAGCAUUAUUUCAAUCCACUGAGCUCUAUGUAUAUAUUCUUAAAAGUAGCCAUUGAUUUAUGAAGAUUUUACAGAGUAGUGAAGGGAUCUGAAAAAUCAUAUGACCAACCAAUUCAAUUCCUGCCUUCUUAGGUACCAGUUGACACUGAUAUCUACUCUCAACUUGGCCCUUUGGGAUUAGCAUGUUUUUCUGAGGACAGUACUGAAAUUGAUGCUAUAAUGAGAGUUGUUCUUUGAGGAACCAACCAUAUGUCUUCCUGAAGUGACUUUGUGAUCAAUGGUAUGAAUUUGGGUUUUCAACAGAACUUUUAUAAGUAUCAACUUUUUAAUAUUGGUUUCCUUAGUAGUGCCUUCUUAACUACUAACUUAGUGAGCCAACUGUCAUAUCUUCUGAUUUCCACCAGCAAGAGAGAAGAUCCUGGAGAGAAGCUGAAAUACUAGAAGAGUUACAAUAGAACAACAGUUUCCUGUUCUAUUCUCUGAAUGUUUGUGGGGAAAUGUACUGUACAGAUGGCAGGUUUUUAAUACAUUGGUAGUCCCUCAUACUGGGUUUUCAAACUUUCUUGUUAACAAAAAAAGUUUUUCAAGUGCUUAAGCAGUAAAAGCUAUUGUAGGUUCACAAAUCAAAAGGCAUUUAUUGGUUAGAUAAAGACCUCAGAAAUCUGACUGGUGAGUUGUUGCUAGGUACAAAUAUUUUAGUAUUCCUACUUAUUAAUACUUAUGAAAUUGGAAAUGAUUUUGGAGAAGUGCCAUAAAUUGAAUGUUAUAUUAAAAUAUAUUUCAUUUCAUGUUAAUAUUUCAUAUAUUAAAUUACAUUCAGAUGCUUAA